AAGCUUGUUGCCCAGCUUUGAGUACAGGCUAGCUUGCAGUUGGGAGACUACCUCUGUCCCCACGCGCUAGCGCUCCAUUCCCUUACCCUCAGAAGAGAGGGACAACUAUCUCUUUAAGAAGGAAGUGAAGACGGGCCUGCGCAGCUGCCGGCGGCGAGCAGCCGACUGGCUAGUCCCCUGCAUCCACCUCUCCCUACCCGCCCUUCUCCCGGCAGCCCCAGCCCCGGUGAGCACCCAGCCAGCCACCUCCAGCAGGGGCUCCGGAGACCAUUCCGGCGCCCCCGGCAGGGCAGCCAAAGCCAUGGAAGCCUCCGCAGCAGGUUGCUGACCGGAGCCAGGCGGCUGCAGCAGCGACUGCAGAGGCGCUGCGCCAAGCGGGCCAGAGUCGUGAGAGCUGGCGGGGCUGCGGAGGGCAAGAGGACUCAGACGGUGUCCCUGCCAGGAGAUAAUGAAUGCUGGAGUGUGUUGGCCACCAGAAUGAGGGCCUAGAUGGUAAUCAGGAGGUGCAAACAUCUCCACUGCAAGGGCUGUGACAUCGUUCUAGUCAUUUCUAGUAAAUGAUGUUCCCAACGAGGCAUGUGGCUCAGCCCUGGGUUUGGAAAACCUGGCAUCUGGGUGGGAUCCCAGCCUAAGGGAACAGAAGCUUCUGAAUCUUGUGCAUUGCCCCAGGGACACCGCCCAUUCCACCCCUCACUCGGACCCGCAGCCUCAUGGCCAUGUCCCUGCCAGGGAGCAGACGGGCCUCUGCUGGAUCCCGCAGUGGGGGCGCUUUGAGCCGCAGUGGCCUGGCAGUGUUCGCUCAGUGCCCACAGCUGCCCCCCAGCCAGAAUGAGCACCUGCCUCUUCUCCCUGCAUCCAGGCGCACCUCUCCGCCCGUGAGCGUGCGGGACGCCUAUGGCACCUCUUCCCUCAGCAGCAGCAGCAACUCAGGCUCCUGCAAGGGCAGCGACAGCAGCCCCACACCCAGGCGCUCCAUGAAGUACACACUGUGCAGUGACAACCAUGGCAUCAAGCCCCCCACCCCAGAGCAGUACCUGACCCCCCUGCAGCAGAAGGAGGUGUGCAUCCGGCACCUGAAGGCACGGCUGAAGGACACACAGGACCGGCUCCAGGACAGGGACACAGAGAUCGAUGACCUGAAGACACAGCUGUCACGUAUGCAGGAGGACUGGAUUGAGGAGGAAUGCCACCGGGUGGAGGCUCAGCUAGCCUUGAAGGAAGCCCGCAAGGAGAUCAAACAGCUCAAACAGGUCAUUGACACUGUCAAAAACAACCUGAUUGACAAAGACAAGGGGCUGCAGAAAUACUUUGUGGACAUCAACAUCCAGAACAAGAAGCUGGAGACCCUGCUGCACAGCAUGGAGGUGGCCCAGAAUGGCAUGGCCAAAGAAGAGGGCACUGGGGAGUCGGCUGGUGGUUCCCCUGCCCGCUCCCUCACCCGCAGUUCCACGUAUACCAAGUUGAGUGACCCAGCUGUUUGCGGUGACCGCCAGCCUGGUGAUCCCUCCAGAACCUCUGCUGAAGAUGGAGCCGACAGUGGCUUUGGGGCUGCUGAUGACACACUGAGCCGGACCGACGCUCUGGAGGCCAGCAGCCUGCUGUCAUCAGGGGUGGACUGUGGCCCUGAGGAGGCCUCACUGCACAGCUCCUUCAGCCUGGGCGUCCGCUUCCCUACCAGUAACACGUAUGAGAAGCUUCUGUGUGCCACGGAGGCUGGUGUGCAGGCGAGCUGCAUGCAGGAGCGGGCCAUCCAGACGGACUUUGUGCAGUACCAACCCGACCUGGACACCAUCCUGGAGAGAGUGACCCAGGCCCAGGUCUGUGGGACUGUCCCUGAGGAUAGGCAUCCAGAGUCAGAGGCCCACCCCGCAGGGCCCAGAGACCCCAACUCAGCAGUGGAGGUGACAAUGGGCGAUGAGCUCGAGGUCCUGCAGGCCAUCACCCGGGGGCCCACUGCACACUGGCCUGGAGCCAACCCCAACCCUGGCCCAUCGGUGAGUGUGGUGUGCCCCAUGGAGGAGGAGGAGGAGGAGGUGGCCACAGCUGCAGCUACGGCUGAGAAGGAGCCCAAGAGCUACUGGAGUCGCCACUAUAUCGUGGAUUUGCUGGCUGUGGUGGUGCCAGCUGUGCCCACAGUAGCCUGGCUCUGCCGCUCUCAACGACGCCAGGGCCAGCCCAUCUACAACAUCAGCUCCCUGCUUCGGGGCUGCUGCACUGUGGCCUUGCAUUCCAUCCGCAGGAUCAGCUGCCGCUCUCUAGGCCACUCCGGGCCCAGCUCCUCAGGCAGUGGCUCUCAGCUCUGAGGGGGCCGCCCCAUCCUAGACAGCGCUCUGGCAGCCUGACCACUGAUUGUAGGGACGCUGUCCUCCCCCUCCCAUAUCGCCACAGGAAUCAUCUUAUUUAGUUGUGGGUUUAGAGUGGUUUUCUUUCCUGGAUAUUAACAGUGUCAGGGGCUGGGAAGAAUGACUUCCCAAAACUUCCAGAGGGAGAAGGGUAAGGGAGUCUCAAGGCAGAGAAGUACACUGAUUGGUCAAACUGCACAGAGACACUUCUGAGGCCCCCAACCUGGCUGCUCUUUCCACCCAGCCCUUAGACAGGGUGGGCCCUGCUCAGGAAGUCUCUGGCUGGGUUAUCUGGGGAGCCUCCCUUCCCUGCUCCGUCCUGCCCAGUGCCCUGCCCACUCCAUGCCUCCUUUCCCAAGCCACCUUGCCCCCCGCCAGGCUUCUGAGACAGUAUUAUCUCCUUAGACAGAGACAGCUGUGGCCAACGUGCAGAAAACUGAUCUAAGCACUUCGAGCAGGGUCUGGAACCCCUGGGCCUGGGUUGGAGCUGCAGCCUCCCCCUUGCUCCCCAGUUAGGAUUCAGAAGCACAGUCAAGGCCAUGGCUGGUGGAACAACAUGCUCAGCAUGAAGGGCUGAGGGCAGGGUGGGUUCUGUGUCUGUCUGACCUCCACGUUCCUCCCCAUGACCUAUUUUCCUCUUGGCUUCUGGAUGUGUCACAUCGUUCUUCCCUGAGAGAAAGCCACCUCUGGCCAGCUAGGUGCUGUGGAGGGAGCACUCAUAUAAGUCCUGGUACCCAUUGGGAGAUUGGCCAGCACAGAGGAGUCAGAGCUGGGAGCUUCAGGGGCCCUGCAUCUUCUCCAAUGAGGCCACUUCAUCUGCUGUCCAGGGGUGUAGCGCUGGACUCAGGAAUCCUUGGCUGCUCUGAGAAGCCAGAGGCCAUGGCUGCCCCUGGAGUAUGCCCGCCAUUCCUCAAGGGGCCUCUAGCCCAACCUCUGCCUUGCACUGUGUUCACUUUGGGGCUUGGUUCUCCCCCAUCCCAAGACCCCUGGGAGUGGCUGCUUGCUUUCUGGGAUGAGGGUCCGUAAAUCAACCUGCCUGCCUCUGGGGAAGCAGAGAAUUCUGGCAGGAUGACUCUCAGGAUGGGCUAUGGAAGCCAUGACAUUUGUUCAGGCCAAAGCAGGGUGCCCUGGGACGUGUUCCUCAGGCAGGAACAUGACAGGGCAGGAAGAGCCCUGUGGCCACCUGCUCCCAGACCAAGCCGGGUCAGCCUGAGAAGGCUCACUAUGCUUCACCUUCCCUGGGACCACAUCUGAGUCCCCCAGCAAAGCUGCUGAUAUUUUAUUACCAUUAUUAGUUUACAAAGUAAACUCCUUCCUCUUCCUCCAUGGGGGGUUACACCCACCAGGGCAUCCUGCCCACUCAUCAGAGGUUAGGUCCCAUAUUGGAGGAGUUGGUGGGACCCUACGUCUCAUGUACCCCUCUGGCCUAGGGGCCACUCUGGUUCUCUGCCAAGGUUCCUUGCCCUCAUCCCGAGGCCCCAGUGGCCACUGCCUGACUGGUGGGCUCUGCCCUUCCACUCUGUGCCCUCCCCCCAGGGGGUAUUUGCAUGCACUGGGGGUGGGCAGCCAGCCCAGCCACCUGGGCCAGAGCCCCCUCUGCCACACGCUUUGUGCCUCCAAAGCUCCUCCACCUCAGCCGGGGCCUCAGACCAGCCCUCCUUUGUGGACCACUCCUGCCCUCAGCUGAACUAAACCUGAGUGCCUGGGGCCUGGCUGCAGGGGCCCCACAGGACACUGGGUCAUGCCGUGGAUGGGUCAGGGGACCAAAGCAACCCAAAGCCAAGCCAGGACUGGCCACGGACCCAACCUCCUGUGCUGUGUGCUCAUGGAGCUGCACAGCAUCUCCUUAAAAAUAAAGCUUUGCUGAAAAAAAAAAGUAUGAACUAUAUUUGACAACAUAAAAUCUAUAUAUUUUUCACCACUGGAAUUUAGUCAAGCUUUGCAACCCUCUCCUGUCUGUGUCUGUCUGUGGCCUUCCUAUCGUGUCCUGUGUUGUGGUGGGUGUGGACAGGGCUGGGAUUGUUGUCCACUCUGUCCCUGCUGCUGGUGAAGCCACCUGUAAGGACUGGGCCAUGUGUGGGUCCCAGGUAUUGGCCCAAGGCCACAGGAGAAGGCUGCUGCCCUCCACUCCCACUCUGGCCCAAGCCGUGACUAUAGGUCACAGGGUCCCAAGAGCAUAGCACUGAGGGGCCUCUUUUUGUGGGUUCUAGUGAGGCCUUCAGUGGGCUCUCUAUCUUUCCAGUAGCAAAAGCAGCUCACUCCUAGGUUUAGGGCAGCCCCAGCCCAGCCUCUGAGCAUACAUGUGCUCAGUACCCCGCAUCUAUGCAAAGGGCCUGCACUGCCUGUGCAGCCCCAGGUGAGGGCAUGCAGUGGGCUGCCGGCUUAGCUUUAGCCCUGGCUAGCUGGGGCACAGAGGAGGCUAGAGAGGGCAUCAAGGCUAGGUCUGGCCAGCGCCCUCUAGAGAGUUCUCCUCUGCAGCUCCCCUUUCCUUCUGCUUGAUACCUCCUCCUGUGGGGCUGCAGCCCUUCCCUCUUCCUCUCAGCUUCUGGAACAGAAAUCUUCAGGGCCUCCCCAGCCUCCAGCCUCCAGCCAGAGCUGAUUAGGUCUCGAAGAACAGUGUCCCCAGAAAACCACCUCUGGAACUGCUGGUCACUUGGGAACCCAGUGUUUAGAGGUGGCUCUUCCUUAGCUCUGGGGCCAGGACCAUAGCAGCGCUGCUAUCCCUCUGGUCCAGGCCCAGGAAGGACUUGGGAGCUGGGCCUGGGCUUCUGCAAAGACAGCUGGCCUUGAGCAGAGCUUAUGACAAAUGUUUCCCGAGGGAGUAACUUAGCUUUUCAUUGAAUACCCUUCCCAGUCGCCACUAGCACAGGGGCAUCUGAGCACUUUGGGGUCGGGGGCAGACCACAAGGUUCCAGGGCAAAAGCCUCCCCUCCUGGGGACCUCUGCCCAGAGAACUCUCAACUCCCUUUCUGACUGAGGGGAUGUUGCAAAUGGGUCACAGUGCACUCUCACAUUUGGCCAUCCCCUUGACCAAGAAUUUAGGGGAUGUGGGAAGGAGGGAGGUGGGGAGGGGUCUUGACUCUCAUCUCCUUGUCCUUUUGUCCAGAAAAAGUUGUACCUGCACCACACAGCUCUGAAUUAAAGCAUGAACAUAUCGUGAG